GGCGGCGUGGCGGAAUAGCUGGUGGACCGAUGAUGUGAUCUGAGCGGGGACUGGAGCAGGCUCGGCCAGCUCACCCCUUGCCUAAACUAUUAAAGAGAGCUGGACCUCUCCUGGGGCGUUUGCCACAAAGCAAGGCGGUGCUGCAGUGGCUGGGAGCCGGUGCCCCGAACAUCGCCCCCCCCCCCCUCCCCUCAGGAGGCAGCCGACCCUGAUGAAUGAAAGGCGGUGAGGGAGGUGGGCGGAGGGCGGCCAAUGCCGAGGAUCGGUUCGACCGAUAGGGUGAGGCGAGCGGCCCCAGCACCGAGUGCAGCAGCAGCGGCAUCACCGUGCACUGGAGCCCAGCAUGGUGAAGGGAAACCCGCUACUAUCCCCCACGCUGUGUCCCACUGUGCCCGGCUUCUCCUCCACACUAUCCGCUUCCUUAUUGCUGUUCCCCAAAACCCAGCAACAUUCCCGCCUAUGUCAGUCACGCUGCUAAAGUGCUCCAGAGUCUGACCUUUGGGGGGGGUGGGGAAAUAAUAAAAAAAAAAUCACUAAACAUCGCCGUCACCGUCAUGAUCGGUGCCCUGGCUGGGUUCUCAGUGGCGAGUUUACUGACCUUCGGUUACUUGUCCUGGGACUGGCUCGAACCUGAACUGCGAGCCCCCGGUGUGCAGGAUCCCGGCAGCCAGAGCGCCUCCAGACCGCACAUCAUCUUCAUCCUCGCCGACGACCAAGGCUUCCACGAUGUGGGCUAUCACGGCUCGGAAAUCCACACCCCGACCCUGGACAGACUUGCUGCACAAGGGGUUAAGUUGGAGAACUACUACAUCCAGCCCAUCUGCACCCCGUCCAGAAGCCAACUCAUGACAGGCCGGUACCAGAUACACACAGGACUUCAGCAUUCUAUCAUAAGAGCUGGGCAGCCUAAUUGUAUACCCCUUGCUAAUGUAACACUACCUCAAAAACUUCAAGAAGCUGGCUACUCAACACAUAUGAUUGGAAAAUGGCAUCUAGGCUUUUAUAAAAAGGAGUGUCUUCCAACUCGAAAAGGAUUUGAUACAUUUUUUGGAUCACUUACCGGUAGUGGUGAUUAUUACACCCACGAUAUCUGCGAAGGACCCAAGAGUUGUGGCUAUGACUUGCAUAAGGAUGAAAAUGUAGCUUGGGAGUACCGAGCUCAUUCUUAUUCAACCUUCUUGUACACCCAAAAAGCAAUCGAUAUUUUAGCAUUGCACAACCCUAAGGAGCCAAUCUUUCUCUACAUAGCUUUCCAAGCUGUACACACACCUCUGCAGGUACCCAAAAAGUACCUGGGCCGGUACAUGUCAAUUGAGAACAUAGGCCGGCGGAGAUAUGCUGCUAUGGUUACGUGUUUGGACGAAGCGGUGAAUAACAUUACAAAGGCAUUAAAAAAAUACGGUUACUACAACAAUACUGUGAUAAUCUAUUCCUCAGACAACGGAGGCCAACCAUUAGCUGGAGGGAGCAACUGGCCGCUUCGUGGGCGGAAAGGAACUUACUGGGAAGGAGGAAUUCGUGGUAUUGGCUUUGUACAUAGUCCUCUAAUAAAAAACAAAGGAAGUGUGAGUCAAGGAUUGAUGCACAUCACAGACUGGUACCCGACUCUAGUGACACUGGCAGAGGGAGAACUUGAGGAGAAUUUGGGACUUGAUGGAUAUGAUGUAUGGGAAACAAUCAGUGAAGGUAAACCUUCUCCACGGACUGAUAUACUGCAUAACAUUGAUCCUCUUUACACACGUGUUAAAACCAGAUCACCUCAUGAUGGAUUUGGAAUUUGGGACACAGCUGUCCAGGCAGCAAUCCGAGUCAGAGAUUGGAAACUACUCACUGGAAACCCGGGCUUCAGUGACUGGAUCCCCCCUCAAACCUUCCCAAAUUUUGGCGGGAAAUGGUGGAAUCUUGAAAGAAUAAUAUGGGCCAAAGGAAAAUCUGUUUGGCUGUUUAACAUAACAGCUGAUCCGUAUGAAAGAGUUGAUCUUUCUCAGCAGUAUCCUGAGGUUGUCAAGAGGUUGCUCUUGAGACUUGCUCAGUACAACAAAACUGCCGUUCCUGUCAAGUACCCACCAAAAGACCCAAGAAGCAAUCCUGACCUUAAUGGUGGUGCUUGGGUGCCAUGGGAUAAUGGGGAUGAUGAGGAAAAGAACCAACUUAAUAGCAAUUUGGGAGAAAGGCCCUGCAACAUCUGUAACACCAUACUACGAUUCAAAAAACCUGUUUGGGGUUAGUGCUCACUUUCGAGAUUUAAGUUAUAUAAAAGAAAAAUGUCUAAUCAGUGCUAUGAUAGCACUUUACACUUUAAAGAUGGUGCUAGCGUUAGGUAUUUUUGAUAUAUCAGCAACAGAUUAAUGUACAAUCUGGGAGGGUAUUUUAUCUUACCUGUGGCCCACACAGGACCAACAGAAGAUUAAUGAGGGCUGCUCAAGAGAUGGACAGGGCCUGCCUCCCUCUGCACUUCACUCACCAGUAUAGUGAGAUACAGGGUGAAAGGUGUAAAUAUGUCUUUCUUUUUAGAGAAUGCAUAGAUUUGUAUCAGUGGAAAUCCAAGACACCCCUUUCUUCUCAGGUGUACUGAAAAAUAUGUUUUUGCUCUCAUUUGGGUCAAGUUU